AUGAACUUUUUACCAGAUGAUUCACGGCCUGAAAAUCAUCAACAUAAGCGAGCAUACCUUGCGACUCUGACCACACAUAAUGAAAACGGGAACUCAUAUUACGAGAUGGAGCAAGCAAAAUGUUUAUAUAUGAUGAAAGAGACGGCUGAUGGGCACGGUCUUUUUGCCAAAGAGCUCAUCAGGGCUGGGACACGCAUCAUUCACGAGAAGCCGAUUCUGACUGUCUCGCAAGAUGAGACAAAGACGAAAGCCGAGUACAGAUGUGUCAUUGACCAAGCUGCGAAUCUGAGCGACCCAGAGAAACAGCGAUUGAUGAAUCUUUAUCACAACGACAAAAAGCUGCGCGAAUUUUCAUUCCUCCAAGGUCAACCUUGUCCUGGGACAGACCUCGAUGCUGGCAUUGUCUUGGCCAAGUUCUAUACAAAUGCUGCGAGCAUCACAUCUGGAGGCCUCGAAUGCGGGUUGUUCACCAUUUUCUGCCGAAUGAAUCACUCGUGUACACCAAACAUAUGCUGGGUGUAUGAUGAGCCAACGGGGUUCAUGGAAGUAUAUGCAGUGAGGGAUAUUGACAAAGAUGAGGAGAUUACCAACUCAUAUAUCGAAGUCGCAAUCUCUCACCAGGCCAGGAUGAAAGAGCUGUCGAAUUGGGGCUUCACAUGUCAAUGCACUGCCUGUGAAGGACCAGAUGCUGCGAAGCACGAUGAGCGAAGGCGCAGGAUUGCACAGAUCAAAGGGAUUCUUGACAUUUAUCAGGAUGCAGGAAAAUCGGGCGACGCACCGAAGUUUGCUGAGAUUCCAAAGACAGACCUGGAGGCAUUGAGGCUUAGCGAAGAAAGCCUCACCUUAUUAUCGGACGAAGGGCUCAUCGAGCAACUGGGGGUCAUGUAUGGGUUGUGUGCCAAGUUCGCCAAAGGCGCUGGACUGCAUGACUUUGCAGAGGAUUAUGAGGAAAUGGAGUUUGAGAUUCUGGUGAUAACGACCGGGGAGUAUAUCGAUUGA